AAAAAUCCCAUUCGAUAUAAAAUUUUUGAUUUUUGGGGAUAUUGUUGAAAAGCUUCUUCUGGUCUUGGCAUUUUGAGCAAAAUUCUAAGUGACUAAAAGUCUUUUUCUGAUUGUUAAAAGCUGUAGGAAAAUAGGAAACCUACCAAAUUGAAAUUCACUUUUCUGCAUAACCAAAUCAAUUCUACCAGUGGUUUGUGUGUUUGCUUCAUUGAGAAUGAUCCAAUUUUAGAACAAAGUCUACAUUCGAAAAUACUAUUCCCAGAUAAAUUUGGAAUGAACGUUAUUUGGUUUUGGUCAACUCUGGUAAUGACAACAUGUUUUUGUAUUAUUUCUACUAUGAUUUUUAAGUAUGAUUUCAUAUUAGCAGAAUGUCAAAAAAAGCUAAAGUACGAAAAUAAUAGUGCCGUAUGUAGAAGUAGGAUUGCAACCCCAAUCAAAUAAGCAAUUACAUAGAAUGCCAGUUUACUUAUACGUGUUACAAGCUCACAGAGGAAAGAAGGCUGAUAAAUAACUUAAUCAAUAUGAUGGAGUGUCUGGUAUUUUCAGUAGUCAACGACAUAUUCGCAUCAGUUUUUUGUAAAAUCAAGUAUGAAAUAUUGUGAAAUACGGAAAAAAAAAACUUUAAUUGGAAGCAGUAAAAUGUUUUUGUUUUGACUCAUGUAUCGCAGACAUGAUUUUGAGACUUAUCAAUUCUUUUCAAAACCCAUUUUGUAGAACUGAACAAAUUAUUGUUUUCACAAUGCAUAAAGAUGUACUGUACAGAAGAUAGUAUCAAGAUCGAAUUGGAUGGAAUGAUUGUGUGGUUGGGAAUGGCAUAAUUUGUGCAGACUGUCUCUAAUUCAUAGUUUAGGAAUGUUUUAAAUUCCCUGAAUGCGAUUAUUCAUCAAAUCAAUAUCUCCCUAUCAAUAAAGCUCAAGCAAGCUUUGAGAAAUGUGUGAAUUUUAGUAUAUCAAAAGUAGUAUCAUUGAUGUACAGAAUGUAUUUUCAUAAUUGUCAUUUAACUGUUAUGUAAAUAAUGUUUAGUUAUAUAAAUUAGCUUUGCCUAGCUACGAGAUGUCAAAUAAUGGAAGCGGUUUUGCAUGGUCCUGAAUCAAAUCAAAAACUUUUUGAAGGCAAUAAAAUUCAACAAUCUGCUGCUGAACAAGUUCAACUUCAAGCGUCUGUGACGGAGGCUAGAUCGCAAAUGGUUUCUUUCUCACAGCCUGAGAAUAAAUCUGAGCCUUCAUCUAAAGUUCAUAGUGUAAUCACUGCAAACCCAUCUUUAGCAGAAAACGAACAGGAAGGAAAAGCUUCUCUUAAUCCUGCUGAAGGUGCAAAACGAAGAGAAGUCUUGUCCAGGCGUCCAUCGUACAGGAGAAUUUUAAACGACUUGUCUUCUACUGACGUUAUACAACAGACUGAAAACAUUGAACAACAAAUUGUUAAAGUUGAUAGCGAAAACGCGGGCCUAAAAAUGCCAAUUGUUAGUGAAGUUAAGCCAUCUCAAAAUCUUCUUUCUGAUGAUAAUAGUGCCUUGUUCGAUAACACUGACGAUAAUGAUGCCAAUUCGCCACAGAUGAUCCAUGUACCUGCUGCUGAUAUUAACACAAUUUCAAAUUCAAUUGGAUCUUUACAAAACACAGCUGCGACAUUGCAAAAUACUGUUACAAUACCAGGCAUUCAAGGCUUCACAAUGGCAAAUCAGUCACCAAUGCUUGCUGAUAACAACCAGCCUGGUUCAAUGUGGCUGCCUGGAAGUCACGUUGUUGUACAAACAGUUGGUGGAGGUAUGCAGGCAUUUCAAAUUCAAGAUAAUGCAUCAUCUCCAGGAGCUGGCAUGAUGCAAACAUCUAGAAAUCUCAUGCAAAACAACAUCCAAUCUCCGCAGCAAAUGGCAGAAGAUGCUUCUCGCAAGCGUGAAAUGAGGUUGAUGAAAAAUCGAGACGCUGCAAAGGAAUGUCGCAGGCGAAAGAAAGAAUAUGUAAAAUGUCUGGAGACGAGAGUAGCAGUACUGGAACAUCAGAACAAACAGCUAAUUGAUGAGUUAAAAACACUCAAGGAACUAUAUGUACAUAAGCAAGUGGAUACUGGUUAAAUUUGAUACGACCCUUCUAAAAUUCUAAAAAGCACAAUCAUACUGUUGGGGGUUGGCAAUGUAAUAUAUUGUCAAGUAUUUGCUUAACACAUGGCCAUUGAUGAUAGGAAUAUCCCUAUCUACAUAUUCUAAUAUUCAUUUUGAAUAGUUUUAAAUUGGCACAUAUUUUGGUGUGUAUGUGAUGUAUAACAAAUUCAACCUUUUUUAAGUUUGUACCACACAUUUUCUCAGGUCUUAAUUUUGAUUUCUGGUUGAAAUAGAAUCUCUCUGGUUUGAAUAUAUAAUGAGACUAAAUUUGGUUCAGAAUGGUAACUGAUGUAGUGUCAUCUUUUAUAUUUGGCAAAUGCAGUUGGUAAAGGGAAUUCUAUUUUAAUUGAAUGGAAGAAGAUGUCUAAGGUUUGAUUUGGAUUCUAAACUUCAUGCUCUCAUUCGUUAAGUGCCUGGUUUACCAUUAGGCUUGCUUGAACUGUGCCUUAAAUUUUAAAUGGCUUUAUUGAUUGGUAAUAGGACGUACAGAUUUACCCGUUAAGGUGCGCUGUUUCUGUGGGUUACACUCAAGAAUAAUACUUCCUCAACUCCAGGAUUGAUUUCAGAAUUCAUUUUUGUUUGUUGCUGAAUUUUAUAUCAGCAAGUUUAUCAAUUUCGACUUCAAUUUUUAAAAUGAAGCAGAUGGAAAACAUUUGCACACCUCUAUUUACUGCCUUACUGAUGCAUUUCACCUGCUUUUCAUGCCAGCUAUUUUUUUCUAAUUGGUGUAUGCAUAUAUAAGAGGCACACUGUUAAAUUCAUUUAUUGGAUGACUUGCAUGAAGAGUAUAAUUUGCUAAAAAAAUCUCUAUCAGUUACAUGCCUUGUCUCGAACUUCAAAACCAAAGUUGUCAGCAAAUCAAUUUCAUGACAUGGAAACUUUUUGAGGUCUGUAUUUUAUUAAUGGACUUGGGACAUCCAUAUAUAUAAUAGCAUAUUGACUGCAUUCAUUCACAUGAUACUAAACUUUUUUAAAUUCACUUGCCAAAACUGCUUCUGGUUUAUAUUUAGAGAUGACAAAAAGUAACAAUUUAUGAAGUAUCUGAUUUCAAAAUUAUUCUCCAGAAAGUUAUUGCUUCAGAUAAUAAUAUUCUGCACAAAAUGAGCAACUAAUGCAAGCUGAUCUUUGUUACAGUGCAAUUAACAUUACGCUGAUUGCUGAUGACUUAUUAAUUAACUCCAUUUUCCAAAUUGGUUUUGCCACAUAAAAAUUAUUAUUUGGUUACUUGUAUGAUUCGUUCAUAUUAUUUGUCUGAUCACAAUUUAACGAUUUUUUCAAAGAGCACAGCUCUACAACCUUUAAAAUAUUAGUUAACACAUUCAGUUUAAAAUGAACUAAUUGAACUUUGAUGUGAUUGAAUGGCCUUGCUGGUUUGGUAUCACAAUACAUUUUUACUCCUUCCAAUUGAUUAUCUGCGAUGCAUGUCAGAUUUUACAUGUUAAAUUUUGAGUAUCAAAGUUAGUAUGUAUGUAGUCAAAGACACUUUCCACUAUGUUAAGUUUUAUGUAUAUUUUACAUAUUUUUAUCAUUUUCUGGGGAUUUCAAGUUUAAAGUUAGAACUUAGGUUUAUGCGUCGAAUUCUUUGUUUAGUUUUGUUGUGAAUUGGUUUUAUUUAUAAAUUUUAAUUUCAAUUUUGACUUUUUUUUUCAAAUUUAAUUAUUUUUUCAUGUAAACGGUUCCUGUUGCGUUGAAGCAUUAUUAUAAGCAUUCAGGAAUUAAAUAUAAUCAAUUGAUGCUGUUAAAAAAAUUGUUAAUGUGUUGACUGCAAAUUUAUUUUGAGUAAACUUGUUUUCUUGGUCUAUGAUUAAGUUUUUGGAUUUAUUUGUCUCUGAUCAGUCGCACAAUUCAAGUUGAUCAACUUUAUUUUUUAAAAGUGACAUAUGGAAGUAUUCUAACUCAAAUUUAAGAAUGGAUAUUACUCUGACAUAACACAGUAAACUGUUAAUAAUGCAGCUUUCUGACUACUAGGUGUGAUUAGUUUGUAACUGUUUUAAAAUUGUUUCGUUUAAUGCUUAAAAAUAUCCAUAAAUAUUUUGUUUAUACAAA